AUGAGUGCAAAUUUGACAGCACAAGUGCAGCCAUUUGAAGGCAAGGACACAAGGAUAUUUGAUGUGGUUCUGUGUUAUUUGGCACCGCUCUGUACAAAGAAUAUCAGCUUGUUUUGGCAAGGUGAGGAAGUACUACCUCCUGGAAAUACUGCCGCUGUUAUGUCUCUAUUUUUGGAGGACAGUUUCUUGCAGAAUCUUUGGAUGGAAUGCUUUGCUAAGCAAAAUGAACUUUAUACAUCUGACGAUGAGCAUGCUGUGCUUCUGCACCGACUUCAACAAAUUCCACAGCUUCAUUACCCAAUAGAGGCUAUCCAGAGUAUUCCUUUUUCUGACUCCAAAUUUCAGAUUCUUGAAGCACAGACGCAGCACACCACAAACCAAAAGCAACCAUAA